AAACAAGAGGAGGAGGAGGAGGAGGAGGACGUGUCAUCCAGUAAACUAGAAGACGCGUCAAAGAUCUGAUGGUGGACUGUAGAUGGGAAAUCUACUUGUCUAUAUUCUUCAUAGGUCGAGACACCGAGCUUGCCUGGAUCCCACGAGUUCUACCAGGGCUUCCGAGAUGAGGAUAAAGGAAAUGUUCAAUUUGGCGUGGGUGCCCUCCAUCCUCAUGCUCGGGGUGGUCUACGUGACCUACGUGCUGAUCGGCGGGGUGGUUUUCUGGAAGCUGGAGGGGGAUCUCGGUCAAAAGGACAUCGGUCUCCUGCUGCUGAACAAAAAGACGCUGCUCACGAGGUACAGCUGUCUGAACCAAGAAGGCCUGGAGGCGGUGGCUCAGGUUGUUCAAGAGGCGUCCAAAGCGGGCCUAAGUUUGAAAGGCAACUACACGUCGGACGGCUUCUGGAAAUUCACCAGCUCGGCUGUGUUCGCUGCCACCGUGGUCACAACUAUAGGUUAUGGGAACAUAAGUCCCAGCUCCACCGCUGGCCAGAUCUUCUGCGUGUUCUUUGCACUUAUUGGCAUCCCGCUCAACUUGGUGGUGCUCAACAGGGUGGGCAAGUACAUGCUUGCCAUAGAGAGGAACAUCUCUGACUUCCUCGAGGGGAAGACCGGGCGGAAGAGGUGUACACGCUUUUUCGUCCACCUGGUGUCUUACCUGUCCGGGGCAGUGCUCUUCUUUGUCGUGCCCAUGAUUGUGUUCCAACUGCAUGAGGGCUGGACCUUCUCCCAGGCCAUCUACUACUGCUUCAUCACCCUCAGCACCAUUGGCUUUGGAGACUUCGUGGCAGACAGCAAUCCGGACAAAAUAUACCCAGAGUGGUACAGCGUCCUCAUGGCCUCGUGGAUCUUCUUCGGCCUGGCCUGGCUGUCCCUCCUCAUCAACCACUCCAUCGACAUCCUGGAGCGACUCAACACCCACUUCAAACAGUGGUGGGUUGGACAGAAGCAGGAGGGCGAGUCUGGCGGCGCAGACGUCAACAACCCAGACACACAGGUGGAGGAGGAAGACGAGAUCAAGAAGCCUCCAAUAACUCAGUAGACUGCAAAACAAGGUGAAGAUUUCAGCGAGCUGAAGUUAUACAAUUAUCUGUCUAUAGAUCGGGACAUGGGAAGCGGGCGUAAAGUACGGGGUAUGGCUGAGCCCCGGCAGGAUCUAUGUGUGCAUUAUGAGAAUGUAAAAUGUUGAGAGUCUGCAAUGAUUCAAUGUGCGGCCGAGCAAUGGUUUGUCAGUUUUGAUCCCUUUCUCCUUAACUAGAAUAUUGACUCAUUUUUGUUGAGUCAGGAUUGUUUGUUCGGCGGCAUGCAACAUGCUGUUUCGUUCUGUUAGCACUUACUGUAACUGUAAAAGAUGU